GACAGAUGCGCAUGCGCAGAACCAGCGCGGAACCCGUCGUGUCAGAUGUGUGAACUCAGAGAGUUUAUCAUAAUUCAUAAUCAAUCAUGAAGGGCAGGUUUAAUACGGUGGAUAUUAGGGCGGCGAUUGCAGAAAUCAACGCGAAAUGUGUCGGGAUGAGAGUCAACAACGUGUAUGACAUCGAUACUAAAACAUACCUGAUCAAGCUGCAGAAGCCGGACUGUAAGUCGGUGCUGUUGAUCGAGUCUGGCAUCAGGAUUCACUGCACUGAGUUUGACUGGCCCAAGAACAUGAUGCCGUCCGGAUUCGCCAUGAAAUGUCGGAAGCACCUGAAGUCCAGGCGUCUGGUUCACGUGAAGCAGCUCGGUGUGGACAGAAUCGUGGACAUUCAGUUCGGAUCGGACGAGGCGGCGUAUCAUCUGAUCCUGGAGCUGUACGACCGAGGGAACAUCAUCCUGACGGACCAUCAGUUCAUGAUCCUGAAUCUUCUGCGCUUCCGCACCGCUGAGGCCGAGGACGUGAAGAUCGCUGUGAGGGAGCGGUAUCCCGUGGAGAACGCCAGACCGCAGGAGCCGCUCAUCAGCCUGGCCAGACUCACAGAGAUCUUGUCUGAAGCUCAGAGCGGAGAGCAAGUGAAAAGGGUUCUGAAUCCUCAUCUGCCGUACGGCGGCUCGCUCAUCGAACACUGUCUCAUGGCGGUCGGGUUGCCAGGCCUCUGUAAAGUGGACAGCCAGUCUGAAGUCACGCAGGUAAGUCCGAAGAUCCUGGAGGCCUUGCAGAUGGCUGAAGACUAUAUGGAGAAAACGGCCAACUUCAGCGGAAGAGGCUACAUCAUUCAGAAAAGUGAGAAGAAGCCCAGCAUGUGUCCAGAUGAAGCUGAGGAAGAGUUGCUCACAUAUGAAGAAUUUCAUCCAUUUCUGUUCUGUCAGCAUGAAAAGAGCCGCUCUGUUGAGUUUGAGUCUUUUAACAAGGCAGUGGAUGAGUUCUUCUCUAAGAUGGAGAGUCAGAAGCUGGACGUGAAAGCGCUGCAGCAGGAGAAGCACGCGCUGAAGAAGCUGGACAACGUCAGACGAGAUCACGAGCAGCGGCUGGAGGCGCUUCAUCAGGCUCAGGAAGUGGACCGUCUGAAGGGAGAGCUGGUGGAGAUGAACCUUCACAUCGUGGACAGAGCUCUUCAGGUGGUGCGCAGCGCUCUGGCCAAUCAGGUGGACUGGGCCGAGAUCGGUCAGAUCGUGAAGGAAGCUCAGGCGGCCGGAGAUCCUGUGGCCUGUGCUAUUAAAGAGCUGAAGCUGCAGAGCAAUCACAUCACCAUGCUGCUGAAAAACCCGUACGCUGGUUCUGAGGAGGGCGAGGCCGAAGACACGGACGCCAGAAAGCCUGCGGAGGCGUCAGAAGCACAGAAGGGGAAAAAGGGUAAGAACAAAGAGAAAAGAGCGAAAGGAAAAGUCGAGAAGGACAAGCCGGUUCUGGUGGACGUCGAUCUGAAUCUCUCGGCUUACGCCAAUGCAAAGAAGUAUUACGACAGCAAGAGAAGCGCGGCCAAGAAAGAGCAGAAAACUGUGGAAGCGGCACAGAAGGCCUUCAAAUCUGCUGAGAAAAAGACCAAACAGACACUUAAAGAAGUGCAGACAGUGACCAGCAUCCAGAAGGCCAGGAAGGUGUACUGGUUUGAGAAGUUUCUGUGGUUCGUCAGCUCAGAGAACUACCUGAUCAUCGCCGGACGAGACCAGCAGCAGAACGAGAUGAUCGUCAAGCGCUACCUGAGAGCAGGGGAUGUUUACGUUCACGCCGAUCUGCACGGAGCCACGAGCUGCGUGAUCAAGAACCCGUCCGGCGAGGCUGUUCCUCCGCGGACGCUCACCGAGGCCGGGACGAUGGCCGUGUGCUACAGCGCGGCGUGGGACGCUAAAGUGAUCACCAGCGCGUGGUGGGUUCACCAUCAUCAGGUGUCCAAAACCGCGCCGACGGGAGAGUAUCUGACCACAGGAAGCUUCAUGAUCAGAGGGAAGAAAAACUUUCUGCCCCCUUCAUAUCUGAUCAUGGGCUUUGGGUUUCUGUUUAAGGUCGACGAUCAGAGUGUUUUUAGGCAUCGUGGAGAGAGGAAGACGAAGACGCUGGAGGAGGAGGAGGAGGACGUGACCUCCAGCACUGCAGAUCUCCUGGAGGAAGGAGAAGAACUCUUAGAUGAGGACAGUGAGAACGAGGGCGAGGAGAGGCGGGAGUCCAGCGGGACGCCAGAUGAGAUGACCACAUCUGAGACAAACAUCAGAGACGAGGACGAGGCAGAAGACGAGGAGCAAAGGUGCAGCAUGACGGACGAACAGCCGGCCGAGGAAGAGAACGCAGCAGAAGGAGACGAGGAAGAUCAGAGCGCUGAGAUCAGCUUUCCAGACACCAGCAUCUCACUGUCUCACCUGCAGCCCAACAGGACUCUUCAGAGCGACGCUUUCAAACAGGACGAUUCACGUCAGGUGAACACAGAGACUCAAGGCAAGAAGCACCUGACGGCCAAACAGCGCAGGGACAUGAAGAAGAAGCAGAAACAGGAGAACACGGAUGAUCCGGAGGAAUCCGACUCCAAACCGCCGGAAGCUCCGAGCGUGACACAGGCGUGCAGCAACGGAGCGGCCAAUCAGCCGCUGAAGAGAGGACAGAAGAACAAACUGAAGAAGAUGAAGGACAAAUACAAAGACCAGGAUGAAGAGGACAGAGAGAUCAUGAUGAAGUUACUGGGGUCCGCAGGAUCCAGUAAAGAGGAAAAAGCAAAGAAGGGCAAGAAAGGAAAAAUGAAAGAAGCGGCAGUAAAGAAACCUCAACCUCAUCAGAAAGAAGUCGUGAAGCCCAAAGCCGAGAUCACCAGCCAGAAGAACGAAGAUGCUGAAGCUGCUGAAGAUCCUGCAGGAGGAGAUCCAGACGUCAAGGAGACGGAGGACGUGGACAAUCCUGCUGCUGAGGAUGGUGAAAACAUUCUGGACUCGUUGACCGGUCUGCCUCAUCUGGACGACGUGUUGAUGUUCGCGGUGCCGGUUUGUGCUCCUUACAUGGCGCUCUCCAACUACAAGUACAAAGUGAAAUUAACUCCAGGCACUCAGAAAAAGGGGAAAGCGGCCCGCACCGCCGUGCUGAGCUUCAUGCGCGGGAAAGACACCAGCGCUCGAGAGAAGGAUUUAUUCAGGAGCAUAAAGGACACUGAUCUGUCCAGAAACAUGCCUGGUAAAGUCAAGGUUUCUGCACCAAACCUGUUAGCAGCAAAGAAGAAGUGAAGCUCUGGAUUCUGGAUGAUUUCUUCUGAGAGCACAUCCCACAAUGCUUUCGGUCGCCUUCUGGAAGACUGAAUAUUUACGUCAUAUUGUAUACCAGAGAAGCUUCAAAUUUUUUUCUGCAAGCAAAUAAUUUUCCCUCAUCAACUCAUUGCAUUUAAAAACAAAUAAAUAAAAAUAACUCUAUAAAUGUCAAUGUUCCACCAUUUAUUUUCCAUGUUGGAAGAAAUGAUACAAAAUUCAGGCUUUUUGUACAAAUCUGCAUCAGGAUUCGAGUUGUGCUGAAUCAUGAGAAUUUGAAAUCAGAUAAUCUUGAAGAGAUUCAGUACAUCUGUGAAGAGGGCUGACACACCGAUAUCUUUCAGUUCUUUGCCCAACAGCUGAUUCUGUACAGAAAGUGCUGACUGUUUAAUUACAGUUAGGAAAUUGUUACAAACUGUAACACUCUGGUGACAGAAAAAAGACCAUUGACCAGUGUUUGACGUUUUUAAUGCAGAUGUGAUAUUAAUAAAUGUAGCUGAAACAGCUGAAAUCAA